GCAGAGGUGGGAGGCUUACAGAGGGGACCGUGCUCGCUCACGCGUGCUCUGACUCGAGCGGCUCUCGGCUGUGUCACCGCGCUGCCUCUCUGCCUGCCUGAACUGUAUAAUUAGCCGGUUCCGAUCAGUCGUCCCUGGGACAUUUCACAGAGUUCAUCUGCCCGUGCUUCCGUUCUCUCCGCCGAUACCAGCAGCGGUUAUGUGUGAGUAAAAAGCCAGCCAGGCUCCCCGCAGCAGCAAGAGGUGUCUCCAGACAUGGACCGGAUAGGAGUGUCAUUCCUGGACCCCCUGGAUGACUACGAGCUAAUCCACAGGAUUGGGUGCGGCACCUACGGAGAUGUUUUCAAGGCUCGCAACAUCAGGACGUCUGAACUGGCAGCUAUCAAGAUUGUCAAGCUCGACUCAGGUGAUGACAUCACCCCCAUCCAGCAGGAGAUUACCAUGAUGAAGGAGUGCAAGCACAAAAACAUCGUGGCCUACUUUGGGAGCUACCACAGAAACACCAAGCUGUGGAUCUGCAUGGAGUACUGCGGUGGAGGCUCCCUGCAGGAUAUCUACCAUGUGACGGGCCCACUGAAGGAGAAGCAGAUAGCAUUUGUGUGCAGGGAAACUCUCCAGGGCCUGUAUCACUUGCACGAAACUGGUAAAAUGCACAGGGACAUAAAGGGAGCCAAUAUCCUUUUGACCGAGCGUGGAGAUGUGAAACUGGCUGAUUUUGGAAUCGCAGCAGAGAUCAGUGCCUCUGUGGCCAAGAGGAAGUCGUUUAUUGGAACUCCUUACUGGAUGGCUCCAGAGGUGGCUGCGGUGGAGAAGAAGGGUGGCUAUAACCACCUCUGUGAUAUCUGGGCCGUCGGCAUCACUGCCAUCGAGCUGGCAGAGCUGCAGCCGCCCAUGUUUGACCUGCACCCAAUGAGAGCGCUGAUGCUGAUGUCCAAGAGCAGCUUCCAGCCUCCAAAACUUAAGGAUAAAGCCAAGUGGUCUGCUGGCUUCCAUAGCUUUGUGAAGAUGGCUCUCAUUAAAAGCACCCGUAAGCGGCCCUCAGCUGAGACACUGCUGCAGCAUCCGUUUGUGACACAGCUGUUGACCCGUAACUUGAUCAUUGAGCUGCUGGACAUGGCCAACAACCCCGAGCUCCACGCUCCCCACACAAACACCAUGGAUGACAUUGAGCUGGAGGUUGGGGUAAUGGCUCCGGACAAGAUUCAGUCAGCAGGGAAACACCUGCCUGUGGAAAGGACCCCGUCUGAACAACAAUUUGACCAGGUGAAGUUUGGGCCUCCACUGAGGAAAGUGACUGAGCCUUAUCCUGACUUGGCCUGUUAUGAUGACUGGAGUCUGUCUGGAGAUGAAGGAACCUCACCGAGCCUGUUGGAAUGUGUGGAGCAAGCUCUCGAGCUGAGGAGUUUAACCAUCAAGAGAGUGCCAUGUGCUGAUGUGAGUGGAGGCAGAAAGAGCAGUGUGUUCAGUCCAUCUACGGCCUCACUGCCAGCCUUCAGCUCUUUGACUCCCAACACAGAGGACAAAGAUCUUACACCGAGACCGACCUGUACACUGGGCCCAGACAGCGCUGUCACAGGCGACUCCACCACAGCCUUGGCCAGGUGCUCGGCCACUCAGGACAUCACAAAGGGCUGCAGUGAAACGUGUCGGCCAGCGGAGGGCGCUGUGACAGCAGAGUUGGUUACUACUGCUUCCUCACCCAAACGAGAGACCCCACUAUCACCAGAAUGGAGCACACUGAGGAGGAAGACGAAGGAUGAUAGCGCUGAUUGUCAUGGCCUUCCUCCCACCCCUCAAGUCCAUAUGGGAGCCUGCUUCUCUAAAGUCUUCAAUGGCUGCCCUCUAAAAAUCAACUGCGCCGUCACCUGGAUUUUUCCCAAAACAAGAGAUCAGUAUCUUAUUCUUGGGGCAGAAGAAGGCAUCUACACACUGAACCUUAAUGAACUUCAUGAAGAUACAUUAGAGAAGCUCCUCCCUCAGCGAUGUAUAUGGCUAUAUGUUAUGAACAAUGUGCUGAUGUCCGUAUCAGGGAAGUCGUCCCAGCUUUACUCGCACAGCCUGCCAGCUCUGUUUGAACAGAAAGGACAUCUGCACAAGAAACACAGCAGCCUGUCGCUCAGCACCAACCGCCUCACGGAGCGGAUGAGUCUCAGAAAGUUUGCCAUAUCUGUAAAGAUUCCUGACACUAAAGGUUGUAGGAGGUGCAGUGUAGCAAGAAACCCAUACACAGAUAGCACAUUUCUGUGCGGGGCUGUCCCAUCUGGCCUGGUUUUACUCUUGUGGUACGAGCCUCUUCAGAAGUUCAUGCAUCUAAAGCAACUCGCCAUCAGGCUCCCAGAUUCUCUUCCGAUAUUUGAACUGCUGGUGUUGGCAACAGAUGAGUUUCCUCAGCUGUGUGUUGGAGUGAGAGACUGUAGUAAUGAUAAACCACCAAGCGGCCAACAGCUCAGGUUUGAUAUUAUAGAGCUGAACGGCGCUCCUGUUCCAGUGCCAGGAGAUAGUGGAGCACUCAGAGCCGUGCAGGUAACCCAGCUGGACCGAGACACUGUUCUCAUCACCUUGGAAAGAACUGUAAAGAUCGUGAACCUGCAAGGCCUUCCAUCCAGACAGCUGGCUGCAGAAAUAGUCUUUGACUUCCCCAUUGAAACACUAGUCUGCUUGCAGGACAGUGUGCUGGCGUUCUGGAAGCAUGGCCUCAAAGGGAGGAGUUUCCAUUCAGAUGAGGUAACACAAGAAAUUACAGAUGAGAGUCGUGUGUUCAGAGUUCUGGGAACAAACAGAGACAUCAUCCUUCAGAGCACACCGACUGAUGACCCGUCAGCACUGAGCAGCCUGUACAUCCUGACAGGACACGAAAGCAGCUACUGAGAGAGGAGGCGGGGCUUCUCCUUGGACGGUGUUACCAAAGAAAAGCACAGCCUGUCUGUAACUGUGGGGUAGAAACGAUGCUCUGUUUCACCGAGGCUGUGCCAGGAAACGGUUCAAUGCUGGGAAUGACAAAUGUUAGGAAGGGAUCCUGCUGACUGUCCAGCCUUCACCUGUACACAAGACACCUGUCAAGGUCCUCGUUGGGGUUAUAGUUGAUAAAGUUUUCUAGCUUCUCUUGUCUAUUCAUCUUACCUGCUUAAAUCAGACCUUUCUGUUAAAGCUAAUGCAGACUCCACUGAUCUGCCCGCUCAGUGUGGACGGGAGAAUAACCUGAACAUGGCCUCGGGACAUCAUCGUACUGAGUCAGGUUUUCUUCUUGAUCAGACUGAGUGGGGCAGACUGACACUGCACAGAAAUGACUGAGUGUGUUUUGGUGCCUCAACAUUCAGUCAUAUUCUGUAAAGCCAUUUUCUGUCUGCAUGCUGCACAUAAACUAUUUGGACCCGAGUGCUGUGACACCUACACCUUACACCUGCAGGAGCUGCUCGGCCAUAGAAAGCUGUUCUGUGAAGUGCACGGCUUUUUGCCAGUGUUGAUUUUAUGGGUUUAAUGUAAUAACUAAUUUUUCACAUCAUCGUCUGAGUCGUAAUCCCAACGAGGAAACUUGGAAUGUAAAACUCGAUGGACGCUCCAGCUGAAGAGUGAAGUGUCAGACUUUUAAUGUAUCUUUCGAGCUUUAGCAUACUUACAACGGCAGAAACAGUGCCACGUCUAAAACAUAGGAGCCAUCUUCAUCUCAUUCUUCCCAUUUCAUGCAAGUUUUUUCUCAUCCUCAGAUGGCCAGAAUUUGGUUUGCUGACUUCAUUCAGUCACACCAUACUAGAGCAUAAAAAGUGGAAAUAAACUGGUCAUUAAGAAAGUGUGAUGCUUGAAAGUAUAGCGUAAGGACAGCAGCUGUGUUCCAUGUGCUGUGUAACGCUGCAUUUACAGCUGAUAUGAUGACAUCUUUAAAGAACUGUGAAGGAAUUAUCAGUGCUAACACAACCUUAAGCACGUGAUGUGACCGUAUUCCACUGCUUACACUUUCAGUAUCCUUACUUAAAGAGAAAAAAGUACAGUUAGCAAGAAGCUUUGAGAUCAAGGCAGUGUUAUUGUAUGCUAACCACCUGGGUGGUGCAGCUUGUCCUGAUAAAAAGUGAAUGUGGUCACAUUAUACUUGUGCUCGUUUAACUAAAAUGAAAAGAUAAAAUAAACAUUCCACUACAUGGGUAAAGAUAUUUAUAUUUAUGGAAAGGAUACUAUAAAAGUAACACUGGCCUUUCCAUGAGAGAAACUUGAAGUACAGUAUGCAUAUUGAGAUUAAUGUUUUUUUAAUAUGUUUUUGCUACUAUGUGAAGAUGUGAUGUUAUUAACAACACAGAAUAGAC